AUGGAGAAGAGGGAGAAAUACAAUGGUGGUGAUAGUGACAGUAAUGGUCUUUCACCAUCAUUCACUCCCUCUCACCCGACGCCACAACACAGCAACAAGGAAGCGUCGCCACAACAACAGGACAACAAGGAAGCGUCGCCACAACAACAGGACAACAAGGAAGCGUCGCCACAACAACAGGACAACAAGGAAGCGUCGCCACAACAACAGGACAACAAGGAAGCGUCGCCACAACAACAGGACAACAAGGAAGCGUCGCCACAACAACAGGACAACAAGGAAGCGUCGCCACAACAACAGGACAACAAGGAAGCGUCGCCACAACAACAGGACAACAAGGAAGCGUCGCCACAACAACAGGACAACAAGGAAGCGUCGCCACAACAACAGGACAACAGGGAACGACGCCACAGCAACAAGGAAGCGUCGCCACAACAACAGGACAACAAGGAAGCGACGCCACAACACAGCAACAAGGACCCCAGCAACACGGUCACCGGAUGCUACACAUAUCACCGUCGGAGUGGGCGGGGAUGUAGAAACCAUGACCCGGCGUUGCUCGGGGUCACGGACGCCACAUGUGGAACAUGUUCACUACAUUCUUCAUCUCUAACCAUCUUCCCUACAUAUAGUCUUCUGCACUGUCACCAUCUUAACUACACGCCAUCCGUCUCCUUUGCAGCCUUCCCGACCCCAUCAUCACCUUCGCUUCCCAAGUGA